UUUUUUUAAAAAAAAAUUAUUUUUGAAUUAAAAAUGCAAAUAAAGAAAAAAAAAAUAAAUAUACAGUACAACAAAAAUAAAAAAAUCUUAAUGGAAGUUUUUCUUGUUUGGUGGAAAGUUCCAAUUUUAUUAACUGGAAGCGCGAGUUUGUGCAUUUUAUUCAGUUAUAUCUUCAAUUUCAUUUUUAUCUCAAAUUUCAGCUUUUUCAAUUUUUUUUUUUUUCUUUAAUUUCACCUUUACCCUCAAUCCUAUCUUCAAUCGUUUCUUCGAUCGUUUUAUUAAUUAUAAAUUUGUAUUAUUAAUUUAUCAGUCUAUCUAAAUAAAAGGAUUUGGCACAAUAAGUAUUAUUUACUUUUAUAAUUAUAAUUUCCUUUGUUGCUUUAUCGUUAUACUUUACGCUUGAAUUAAGGAGUGAGCAUAAUUUUACAGUACGUACACUAAAAUGAUUUUAG